GUGGUUCGAAGAGGGGAGUACGUCACCCACCUGUUCUUGGUGAAGGACAGGACGGCCGCCUCCGAGCCUCGGCCGGCGCCGGGCCCCCGCACGAGCUGGUCGCGGGCAGUUCCUUCGGAGAGGUGUCCAUCGUGCACAACGUCCGGCACUGGGAGACCGUGGACGUCGAGGAAGCUGGUAGCUGUUGGGGCAUACCCAGGAAGUGCUUGCGGAGCGCCAUGUCCACCUUGGCCGAGCGCGUCUACCGCGAGAACUUAG